CCGUCGCAGCCACCGCCUCCUGCACAGAGUACUUUUUAUCGGAAACUCAAAAGUGGUGUUUUGUUCGCUGAAAUAAGAUUGUAAUCUGCUGCUCGUCUCCUCAUGGCGGAGGUUUAUUAUGUCGGGGUGGACGUGGGCACAGCCAGUGUGAGGGCUGCACUGGUGACCAGGACCGGCCUGCUGAAGGCCACUGCAGAGGAGCCCAUCAGCAUCUGGGAGCCCCAGUCUGACCACUAUGUCCAGUCCUCCACUGAGAUCUGGGGAAAAUGCUGCACAGUUGUCAAGAGAGUUACCCAAGGUGUGGAGAAGAGUCAGGUACGAGGGAUCGGCUUCGACGCCACCUGCUCACUAGUGGUUUUGGACCAAAGCUUCCAGCCUGUGCCAGUCAAUCAGGAGGGUGACAAACAAAGGAACAUAGUGAUGUGGAUGGACCAUCGGGCUGAGGAUCAGGCCGCCCGUAUAACCAACACUGGCCACAGGGUCCUGAGCCGGGUGGGAGGGGUCAUGUCACCAGAGAUGCAACCCCCUAAGCUGCUCUGGCUCAAAGAGAAUCUAAGACAAAGCUGCUGGAACAAAGCUGCUCACUUCUUCGACCUUCCCGACUUCCUGUCGUGGAAGGCAACAGGCUCUUUGACACGGUCUUUAUGUACUCUGGUGUGUAAAUGGACUUAUUGCCCUCCAGAUGGAUGGGAUGCUGGUUUUUGGACCGACAUUGGACUCGAGGAUCUCCUUGAAAACAACUUUUCCAAAAUAGGCAGCGUGACUUGUUCUCCAGGGAGCCCGUUGGGAGACGGCCUCACCCAGGACGCAGCAGCAGAUUUGGGUUUGGAGCCAGGAACUGCAGUCGGUGCUUCUCUCAUUGAUGCUCAUGCUGGAGGCCUUGGUGUGAUAGGUGCAGAUAUGAGAGGUUUUCAGUUGCCACGUGAGGACCAGCCGAUCACCUCACGCAUGGCGAUGAUCUGUGGAACAUCAACCUGUCACAUGGCGAUCAGCAAGCAGCCUCUGUUUGUGCCAGGAGUGUGGGGGCCCUGCCUGUCUGCCAUGGUGCCUGGUUUGUGGCUCAACGAGGGAGGACAGAGUGCUACAGGAAGGCUGAUCGACCACAUGGUGAAGGGCCACGCCGCCUACGCCCAGCUCCAGGAACAGGCUCGGCAGAGAUAUCCCCUUACUGGCGAGAACAUCUACAGCUACCUGAACAACCACCUGAGCUCAAUUGCUACCUCUGUGUCGUCUGUCGACCUGCUGGGCUCCAGCCUUCACGUGUGGCCGGACUUCCACGGGAACCGGUCGCCCCUGGCUGACCCAACCUUGAAGGGCAUGGUGAUCGGACUGCCACUCUCCCAAACCUUGGAUGACUUGGCCCUGCUCUAUUUGGCCACUCUACAAGCCCUCGCUCUUGGUACUCUUCAUAUUCUGGAAGCCAUGAAAGAAGCCGGUCAUGACAUCAGAACCCUCUUCCUGUGUGGCGGGUUGAGCAAAAACGCCCUGUUUGUCCAGAUUCACGCCAACGCUACAGGAUUGCCUGUGGUGUUGCCUGACCAGAUGGAGGCUGUGUUGAUAGGAGCAGCAAUCCUUGGUGCAUGUGCAUCACAGGACUACAGCAGUAUACAGGAGGCAAUGGAGGGAAUGGCUAAAGUGGGGAAAGUUGUUCAGCCUGACUUUGAGCUCCAGAGCUUCUAUGAGAGAAAGUACAAAGUGUUCCUGCGACUGUUCUCCCACCAGAGGGAGUACCAGGCCCUCAUGAACCAGAGAUGACGCUGCCGGUGGGAGGCGGCCGAGCUGGAACUGACUCACUCUGUCGUCAUAGUGAUGACGAAUCCACACACUGGAAACCAGAACAGAAGUCUUGACCUUGUUGCCUUUCCUGAUAUGAACCAUCCAGUUUUUUGGGUUUUUUCAUCAUUAACCUGAAGAACAACAGCACUUCACUAAUGCAGCAUUUCAAACCACCUGGCAGAUGACAUGUAGAGAGGACCUCUGUGGAGACGAGCUGUGGGAGCUUUUAAUGGCUGUGUGCCUUUUUAGAUCCACUGCUGCAGCUCUACCCGAAAUGAAGAGGAGGGGACGCAGGAGUGAAUGUGGUGACAUCAUCAGAUGUGAUGACUUGCACCUCAGCUCUCUCCUUAGCUAACCGCCAUCAAGUGCUGUCACCUUCACAUGUAUUCCUAAUAAAUAAUUAAAAUAAUAGAACUGUGCUCACGCCUUUCCCAAGUCACUCCAACCUGAUGUGGUUUGAUGUUUAAUUAAGUGACACUCAUUCAUUCUUAACCAGCUUGUCCUUUUUUUAUGUCCUAACGGUAUUUUAUCUUAUUCUUCCAUUUCCUGUUUUGUAUUGCCUCCACUGUCCUGAACCUCUCCUGUUGCCAGCAGUCCCCAGGAUCAAAGUUGAUAAGCUCCUCACUGAUGCUGUCGACACGCUGAGGGGGAACGUCAAAUCCUAUACAGCUGAGUUAACAGCCGCCUUCAAACAGAACUACCUUAUGAUAGAGAAGGGACACGGAGGGGGCUGCUGGCUAAAAGCUAACAAACUCAUGCGGUUGCUUCUGAAUGGUAGUGUCCAUAGGUCAUGACAAAACAAAUGUAUUGUUUGCUAAUCAUUAUUAAUGCAAAAAAUAAACUUCAAUGCAUUUAUU